ACAGGAGGAAUCAGAGAGAGAGAGAGAGAGAGGGAGAGAGAGAGGGAGGGAGAGGGAAAGAGCGAGGACAGGCGGCACGGACGUCGAGAGGGACAAGAUCUCAGAGAGAGAGAGAGAGAGAGAGAGAGAGAGAGAGAGAGAGAGAGAGAGAGAGAGAGAGAGAGAGAGACGCGCGAGGCAGGGAUAGCGGGUGGCUCACUCCCACACCUCAUCUUCACUUUGCUGGGACAGGCACAGAAUUGAUGUCCAAGGAGGCAGAGUUGGAUGUGAGAGGCAGUGAGUGCGACGACACAGUCCCACAAGAGCCCAGCGCCGACCCCGAGCCGCCGGGGCCAUCUGCAGCUAAGGCUAACAACGGACCCCCCGCCACCGCUGGCGUUUGCCCGAGCAUCCCAACCAGUACCCACAGUAGCAGCAGCAGCAGCAGCAGCAGCAGCAGCGGCGGCAGCAGCAGAAGUGGUCUGGGUGGCAUUAGCAUCGUUAGCAGCGGCGCUGAGGGAGCAGGCGAAGGCUCCAUGCAGUUCAGCACCAGACCGCCUAGUGGUGAGCAGCCGGGCUUCAUGGGGACAUGGCAGCAGCAGGGCACUGACAGCAACCUCCUCUACAGAAUGUCCCAGCAGGCCAUUCGCUGCACACUGGUGAACUGCACAUGUGAGUGUUUCCAGCCGGGGAAGAUUCACCUACGGACAUGUGACCAGUGCAAACACGGCUGGGUAGCUCACGCUCUGGACAAGCUCAGCACCCAGCACCUGUACCACCCGACCCAGGUGGAGAUCGUUCAGUCCAACGUGGUGUUUGACAUCAGCAGCCUGAUGCUGUACGGCACCCAGGCCGUCCCCGUGCGGCUCAAGAUCCUUCUGGACCGCCUCUUCUCCGUGCUGAAGCAGGAGGAGGUGCUGCACAUCCUGCACGGCCUGGGCUGGACCCUCCGGGACUACGUCAGGGGCUACAUACUGCAGGAUGCUGCAGGCAAGGUGCUGGACCGCUGGACCAUCAUGUCCCGAGAAGAAGAGAUCAUCACCCUGCAGCAGUUUCUGCGCUUUGGUGAGACCAAGUCCAUUGUAGAACUGAUGGCCAUUCAGGAGAAGGAAGGGCAGGCAGUUACAGUUCCCUCCUCCAAAACAGACUCCGGGAUUAGAACAUUCAUUGAAAGCAACAACAGGUCCCGCAGCCCAGGGAUCCUGACGCAACUGGAAAACAGCAGCCCAUCCAGCAUUCACCAUUUUGAGAAUAUCCCCAACAGCUUAGCCUUCCUCCUUCCCUUCCAAUACAUCAACCCAGUCUCUGCCCCCAUGCUCGGCUUGCCCCCAAAUGGCCUGCCGAUGGAGCCAUCUGCUCUCCGCCUCCGGGAGCCCAGCUUGCCAAACCAAGGGGAACAAGUGGACACCAGUGAGUCAGAAGUCUCCCUGUCACCCUUCCGCACAGGCCAGAGCCCUAGUCGCGGAGCAAUGGGACCCAUGAACAACAUUGAACCGAAAACAGAGCCCAAUCACAGGGCAUCGCCCAUCUCACCGACCCCUUCCACCCAGCAGGCUCAACAACAGCAGCAACAGCAGCAGCAGACGCAGCUCCAACAGCAGCAGGGCCAACAGCAGUCCCAAAAUCAACCUCAGCAAUCCAACAGUUUAAGUGACCACCAAGUUCACCACCCAGUCCACCAUCAUUUUGUAAAGGACGAGCAUUCGAAAAGCAUCAGCCAUGCUUCCUUUUCCUCCAAAAUGCAUCGCAUGCGCCGCAUGGGAUCCACCUCACGCAAGGGUCGUGUGUGCUGCAAUUCUUGUGGCAAAACCUUUUAUGAUAAAGGUACCCUUAAGAUACAUUAUAACGCUGUACACUUGAAGAUCAAACACCGUUGCACCAUCGAGGGCUGCAAUAUGGUCUUCAGCUCACUACGCAGCCGCAACCGCCACAGUGCUAAUCCCAACCCGCGGUUGCACAUGCCCAUGCUGCGCAACAACCGUGACAAGGACCUCAUCCGUUCAACCUCUGGUACACCUGUCAUCUCUAGCAGCAAGAAUGGUGGCUUUACCCUCACCAGCCCUGGAAGGCCACCACUGGGCUUCACAACUCCACCGGUGGACCCCAUGCUUCAGUCCCCGCUGCAAAGCCCACUGUUGUUCCCAUCCCUGAAGUCAGUGCAGCCUGUCCAGCCAGUGCCCCCGUUCUACCGCACACUACUGUCCCCAGCGGACCUGGUCAGUCCUCCGGUAUCACUGCCCACCAGCCCCAUCCUGCCCACAACCACCAACAGUACCUCCCUGAUGGACCAACACCAACAACAUCUCCUGUCUAGUGCAGGGGUUUCACACAAUAAUGUCCAUAUGUCAGAGGUAGGACCCAUGUCCCACCGCUUGCCCGUACAUAAUGCCAAUCACGACCACAACACUGGCCUCAGUGAGCCCACGCCCAAAAAGAAGCCUCGCAAAUCCAGCAUGCCAGUGAAGAUCGAAAAGGAAGUGAUUGACGUAGCCGAGGACUAUGACGACAAAGAUGACGACGACGAUGACAUCCACCAUAAUCACCACCAUCACUCAACGCUUCUACACAACAAUGUCAAAAUGAAUGGUAACUGUAACAGCAACAACAACAGUGGCAGUGGUACUGGAAACCACAGUGGUGGUAGUGGGCAACAAUCCCCUUCCCAGGAUGAGAUGAGUCCCGGUCUAGCUAUGAGAGGAAUGAUGAGACAGAGUGAAGAUGAAUGCAGGGAAGGGACUGGUAGUGAAAGCAGGGGUGGAAAUGAUCUUCAAGGCUCUGGUGAGCUUCGUUGUAUGGGCAGCUUCACCUCCGAGGACCAGGACCAUGAAAGAGACUUUGAGAACGAAUCCGAAACCUCAGAUUCCAAGAUGUUCUACCGCGAUGAGCUGAUAGAUGUGGAUGAACAGCGAAAACACAGCCGGAGUGGAAGGUGCCUGGACAAGGAACAAGAUGAUGAGGGUUGUGAGGAGGCCCAAUUCAGAAAGGAAAUGGAAGGCAAGGGUCAUUCCUCGCCCUCUCCUCACCAGCCACCUAUAAGGAUCAAGGAAGAGCUCAAUGAUCCAACUUACGACAUGUUCUGCAUGAGCCAGUAUGGCCUCUAUAACGGGGGAAUGGCGGCGGCUGCUGCUGCUGCAAGCAUGGCUGCUCUACACGAGAGCUUCAUCUCCUCAAUGGGCUACGGUGCCAGUCCGCCCAAAUUCCCUUCUUCUCAAUCACCAGAGGAAGAUCCAUGCUCAAGUCCUGACCCCAAGAUUUGCUAUGUGUGUAAGAAAAGCUUCAAGAGUUCUUACAGCAUGAAACUGCACUACAAGAACGUGCACCUCAAAGAGAUGCAUGUAUGCACUGUGGCUGGCUGCAACGCUGCCUUCCCUUCACGGCGGAGCCGAGACAGGCACAGCUCCAACAUCAACCUGCACCGCAAACUGCUGACCAAAGAGCUGGACGACAUUGUCCUGGACCCCCAACUCCCGCCACUGCCCAAGGACCUGCGAGCCGAGUUACUGGCCAAGAUCUACGCCGGGCACCACAUGGGCUUGGACCCGUACGCCGGGAUGGGCAUCGGGGGCGGCAGCCUCCGGCCCACUGGCCUGAACCACAGUGCCCGUUCCCUGAUGAGCAGUGAGUACCCCCACCACCCUCUCAACCACAACCGUAAAAAACCCCACACCAACGGCUUCUCCCGGGGGCAGCCAGACGACUACAUGGUGCUGGACCUGAGCACCACAUCCAGUGUUCAAUCCAGCAGCAGUGUCCACUCCUCACACGAGUCAGACGAGGGCAGCGACGAAGGCAUCCUGUUGGAUGACUUGGAGGAGGGGGAGGAGGAGGAGGAGGGAGAAGAGGAUGACGGCGACAGCGAGGGGGAGGACUACUCCCAAGGUGCCGAGGGGCAGGCGGAAGGACGGCAUCGGGAUGAGACUAGAGAACUAAGAGGUGAAAGGCGCGGUGAGGGGUUUGAACCUUCCUCUUCACCAUUCCUCUUUUCGCCCACCGGGGGCAGUAACGGUGGCAGCAGUGGGAUCCUCUGCAACAUCUGCCACAAAAUGUACAGCAACAAAGGAACCCUGCGCGUGCACUACAAGACUGUGCACCUGCGCGAGAUGCACAAGUGCAAAAUCCCCGGAUGCAACAUGUUGUUCAGCUCUGUGCGCAGCCGUAACCGACACUCUCAGAACCCCAACCUCCAUAAAAACAUGCCCUUCUCCACAAUGAUAGACUAGAGAAUGACCUGCUACUCCACCCUGCUGUCACUCGGCCGCACUCCUCUUUUCACGUCUCAUCCUUAUUCUUCCUCAAAUUAGCUGUUAAUCCCAGCCCAGGGCCAUCAAAUACAAGCUAAACGCCUGUAUGCCUACUGCCCGUCCUCUGAAAGUCAUUGCAAGACAUUGUCCCUCUAGAAAAUUCAUCGACUCUAAAUACAGUUUAUUAUUGUGACCUUUGACUUUUCCUUCUUUGGAAGAAAAGGAAGACGCUCUUGCGCAUGGAGUUUGCUUUAUAACAAAACUCCAGUCUUUUUUUUCUUUUCUUUUUUCAUAAAACUAGUCCAUCCGUUUCCUUUUCAGACUUCUCCCCACUUUUGUUUUCAUGCCAACCUCCAAAGAAUCUACUCAAACUCUUAUUUGUGACUUUGCCUGCAGAAUUGAUAGUACUGAGAAAAAGAAGAAAAAAAAAAGAAAAAAGAAAACCUACUCGUUGUAUUUGUGUAAUGAUAGCUUUUAAAUGAACCCGUUACAAAAGCAUGACAGCUUCAUCUGUAAAUAACGUCCCAAGAGGCUUUUGGUGUAAAAGAGUUGUGUUGAUGGUUGUUUGCUUCUUUUCUCUCUCUCGUUAUGGUUUUAUGUUACAGUCCAGUACAAUACUUCCAGCUAUAGGCAAGAAAGAGGUAGCAUCUUACUAGCUUGACUCAUUUAUGUUAGCUUCAAAGACACAUUUUAAACUGAGUCCUAGGAAAAAAAAGAAUAUCAUGUGACUUGUUUUAUCUACUUGUUAGAUAUUCAGAGGUUGCCGGCAUGCUUUUUUAGGCUCCUACACUGAUAUCAUUCUCUGUAUUUCUUUUUUUUUUGUCUGUUAUGUUUAUGAGCUUUAGUAUACAAAUUCAUUUUUUGCACUUUGCAUCUAUACAAGGGGAUGUGUAAUAUUAUUAUAAUGAGGACUUUUGCAAUGGUGAGUUUAGGUGUCAUUCUGGGUCAUAGAUGGCUACAGUGCAAAGGUAAAUGACAAUACCUUCAACAUGUGCCAGUUUCUGUUUGCACGUGUUCGGUUUCAAACACAGAACGACAGAAUACGUUUUAACGGUCUAAAUCUGAGAUCUGCCCAAGUAUUCAAAUCCAAUCCAAGUGUGACUGAACACAAACUGCUCUUUCACAAACACACGGGAGUUAAGCAUUGAUAAAAGUCUUUGCUCCUCUUUUCGUAAAAUGUGUGUAUGGUUGCCAGUUAUGGUCCCGAUGAAUACUUCAGGAGGUGAAGUGGGGAAAUCUGUGUAAAAGCACGACAUUAUUGUGACAUUGUCAAAACAAAGUUAUCUGUGCAAGAAAUCUCACAAAAAGAGAAAAAGAUCAGAAUCGUCUUUCAACUGUGACCACAACAAAAGGUGUUUGCUUAAAUUCAUGCCCCAUUGGAUUCAUACGAUGCACUUCAGUCUUAAAUCUUUUGCUGUAAUAUUUUCGGUAUCGGUUGUCAUUGCUGAGUGUCGGCUAGAAAUGUACUUUUUGAAAAAAUGUUGCCAUUUUCCUGGCUGCUGUUUGCAGACAUUUUGAACAUGUCCAUGACUGUCUUACGGUACAAAUAUUUCCAGUAACAGGGCAAAGUAGCCGAGGGAAGGGGUAUUUAUUGGCGGGUGAUGUAUCUUCAUUGAGAUGUUUUUGUCCAGUAUGAGAAUAUUUUUUGUAAAAAGACAAAAAAUAAGAGAUUGUUCCUUAGUUUGACUCAUUUAUCAAUGUAUUAGCGAUGCGUUGUGUUACUAUACAUGGAGAUCUUCUCUUACUUGACUGGUGCUACACACAGAGGGGAAAAUAUGCAGUGUUAUGUGGUGUGCUGUACAGUAUUAACACCUUACAUCCAUAAUAGUGUUGAGUUCCAUUCAUUUCAUACUUAAGCCAUUUUGCAAUACAGACAUGACCUAUUCUAGUAAAAUAUUUCAUGUCCUCAUUUUUUUUUAAGAUUCCACCCUUAUGACACAUGCAGUUUUCAGUCGUCUCUUCUGAGAGAAAAAGGGAACAAAAAAGAGAGCUGAUGCUGAUGGAAAGGUUGCGGAGGGGGAAGGCUGACUAGGGAGGAAAGGAUGACAGCAACGAUCAUUAAAAAUGUGCUGCUUCUCCGUUACCUGGAGGCGUCCCUGCCAUCCCGGCUUCUUCUGUCUAAUAACUCACUUGUCACUUCGUUACACUGCCAGGCUCCAAGGAUGCUGACGAGACGGUGACACGGACAGAAAAAGGAAAAGAAGGAGAGACACUGUGUGCUCGGAACAUUUCAUUCUGACCCCUUCAUUUCAGUUGAAUCCAAUUGGUCUAUUCCCUUUCUACGCGUGCUUAUUCUUAUUCAGGGUCACUGGUGAUUCUCUCUUUGUCGGUCCGAACGCAGUCACUUAACGGCCGCCUUAGCCAUUUCUUCAACCCGGCCGCUCACUUACCACCUCCACACCCCACAGCGCCGCUCCUACAGGGACGCGCGCUAAUACUGUAUGCUUAAGUUCACCGGACGGCCACGGCAUAGGAGAAAAAGGGAUGGGUAAUUGCCUGUUUGUCCCAAGUGAAGGGAAAAUUGAGCACGGGAACGCCUGCCUUCUCCCAGGAGGGGGUUUCACUGAGGCGACUUGCCGCCUCAUUCCUUCAUUCAUUCAAUCCUCCCGGCCCUCGCUGCGACAGAGAAAAAGUGUGAGUCCAGGAACCCUGCUGACAGCUGUCUCUCUAACACACAACCGUACACACGCACACAGAGGAGAGUGGUACACACUCACACUUUGUUCCUACUUACAGGCCAGAAAGAUGACAGGAACCAGAUGACUUGUUAACCUCUACUGGUGGAGGAGAGGAGUACACUAGCCACAGGAAAUACAACUACAAAAAUACAGCUACCACUACAUAGAAAGCUAAUAUCAUAUUAUGGAGAACGGUGUGAGCGAGCACCGCGUCAGGAAUGUAAAGCCUUUAUUAUUAUCAUUUUAAUCAAAUAUCCGUCCGAAUCAUUACCGCAGACUUUUACCUGAAGACGACACUGCACAACCUCAGAUUGUAGUCGGGUGUGUGCCAGGCCGAAAAAAAACUGAAUACGAGAGAAAACCCUCCUCCGACGGGCUCCUUACGGGUCCCGCAUGGUUGUCGGUUGGAAGCCAGCAGAGCCAAUGGCUGAAAACAGAGCUAAGAACAGGCAAACCUCUGGGAGGAAGAAAGGGAGCGAGGGACGCUGGAAAGGGAUCGGGCUCGGAAAGCGGUCUGCCUGGAGCCUGUGUGGCAUUCACUCAACAAGGCAGGGGAGAAAGAGAGGUACGCGGGGGGGGGGGAGCGCAUGGGCCCAGGUGCGUUGUGCUGCCUAGCGACCGGGCCGCGGGGGUCGCGUCACUCAGAGCGCCCCGCUGCCCGCGACCGCUGGAGUGAAUCUUUAAUAUUUGAUCAGAGCGACGGGCAUCAAUUAUUCUGUAAUUCCACGCAGCACACACAGCGGCUGGAGCGGGCUAACCUGUUAUUCGCGGUCCGUUUGGUUGGCGUCACAGAUCGAGUGAGCGCCGUGGGGUUAAGCGGCGAGAGGAUGAGAGGUGACGCCCCGUGCAAAACCUUCCAGUUAAUGUAGCUCACGGAAACAAAGCGGGAUUCAAAUGCGCGAUGGGACGUCACAAGAAAGCUGCAGAUGGAAGAAAAAUACAUAUUACGCAUAUUUGUACAGAUGCUGCAGUCUCUGUGUGAAAUGUCCUCAAACAUACAUAUAUACCCUCAUUAAUUUGAACUGGAACCUGUGAAAUAUCAAGAAUUAAUUCAUUUUAUGUUUUCCAUUGUGCCGAUUAUAUUUUACAGUCUUAUAGGUAUAAAUAAGCUUGAAGACCUGGUGUAUUUUCAUUUAACACUGGUGCACUGGCACUCGACAGCGUUGCAUGGCUACAUCGUCGCACUGCAAAGAACGAAAUGGUGAUUUGGAAGCCUCAUGAAUACUGUAUGUCCCUGAACAGGUGUUUCCCAUUUGCAGACAGGACGAAAAAAAUUGUCCUCUUUUUAAAAGACUUGUUUCUUUCUUUUAUUUCUUUUUUUUUGCCUUUCUUGUAUUUGUUCCUGUAUUAUAACUGUCUAUGGUUUUUGCAUAAAAUGCAUAAGGGUUUUGGGAUGUAAAUGGAAUUUUAUUCAUAUUUUGUCCAAAUACCUCUUGUAAUUUGUAUCAGAAUUCUUGUACAAUUUUUAUAUUAAAGAUUUAUCAGUCACUGA